ACAUUUCUCGGAGUGCAGGUACCCGGAUUAAAGCCGCUGUCAGAUUGACAGGGAUUUUACCCAAUAGCGUUGCAGAGAGGCGUAUCGUUUCACCAACACGCCAAUCAAGCACGCAGAGAGUAGCCGGCUCCAAGGUGAAGGCGGAAGUAAGGCCCUAGCGCGCUCAAUGGAACCGCUCUUGCAGCACCUGGAGCGGUUCUCCGAGGUUCUGGCUGUCUCCCGCACGACCCACGUCAGCACCUGGGACCCCGUGACCGUGCGCAGGGCCCUACAGUGGGCUCGCUACCUGCGCCACAUCCACAAGCGCUUUGGCCGCCAUGCCCGCAUUAGCAAGGCGCUGGAGCGGCGACUGCAAAACCAGUGGAAGCAGCAGGGCGACUCUGGGCCUGCUCCAGCCCCGGGGUUGGCGAACUUCCAGGCCUUGGGGCUCUGCGACCAGCUGCUGUCCCUGCGACUGCUGGCGAACCCGGCCCUCGGGGAUGCCUCAUUUCACUACCUGCUGCAGCAGCUCUUUCCCGGCCCUGGCGUCCCGGACGCCGAGGAGGAGUCGCUCCAAGGCAGCCUGGCCCGCCUCGCCCGCCGCCGGGCCGCUCUUCACAUGCUGCGCUUCAACGCCUAUGGAGAGAACCCGGCCCUUCAGGAGGACCCACUGAUGAAGACCCAGGCGGAGCUGCUGCUGAGGCGUCUGCAGGAGGUGGGGGAGGCCGAUGCAGGGGCCCCUGGUAGGCUUCUCAGCAGCCUGUGGGAGCGCUCGCCCCAGAACAACUUCCUGAAGGUGGUAGCGGCCGCGCUGUUGCUGCCGCCGUCGUCUCCCCGGCACCAAGAAGAGGAAUUGAAACUAGGCAGCCCCAAAACUCCGGGAGAGGAGGGUCAAGAGCUGCUUCGCUGGCUUCUGGGGAAAUCGGAUGUCAUGGUUGCUUUUUGCCGCAGCCUCCCAGCCGGGCUUUUAACUUUGGUGGCGGGGCGCCAUCCAGAGCUCUCCCGGAUCUAUCUGGGCCUGCUAACAGACUGGGGUCGACAGCUGCACUACAGCCUUCAGAAAGGCCUUUGGAUUGGAACUGAAUCCCAGGAUGUGCCCUGGGAGGAGUUGUUGAGCAGGUUUCAAAGCCUCUGUCAGGCCCCUCCACCUCUGAAAGAUGAAGUUUUUACUGCCCUGAAAUCCUGUAAGGCUCAAGAUGGAGAUUUCGAAGUCCCUGGUCUUAGCAUCUGGACAGACCUGUUGCUGUCUCUUGGGAGUAGUGCGUGAUAUUGCAUUUGGGCAGAGACAAGUUCUCAGCCUAGGCCCCAGUUCUCUAUGGGCAACGUUCUGUAACUGAGCAAUCGAAUAUACGGUUUACAAAAUUAAAAUCCCAGUGUUCUCGCCAAAUGUCCUGUACUUUGAUGUGUCCAAAAUAUUAUUGUAGGUCCUAAUAUAUAAUAGGUGUAAUUGUAACUUAAUUACAGAUAUGUAAGUAACUGGCUUGUAGUGCCAUGGAUUUUCUGUUUAGAGGAGGUAACAUUGGAAAUAUCCUACCUAAAGCCAUGGAGUUAAUAGUUUGCAUUCUAGAAGGCGCAUUUCUAAUAACGUUGAAAAGAUAUGUGCUUGUCAAAGAAAAUGCAGCUUUAAAGUGACAAACAAGACACCUUUUUUAAUAUUAUUAAUGCCUUACUUUUGCAGGUUUUUCUUGGGUUUUUUUUAAAUCCCCAGAAGUGAUUUCUCUAACCAACAACACGUGCUGUCAGAAAUGGUUUGGAAAGCCAACUGGCCUAGUUGGACUUUAAACCCUGGACUUUGGCCUUGUUAACCUAACGUUCUAACCAAUUAACCAGCGUCAACAUGUAUUAAAAUUGUGUUAUUCAGAAA